CUCUUGCUCUUGCUCUCUUCUCUCUCUCUUUUUUUUUUUUACAUAUAUAUAUUUCAGUCUUUCUCAUUCCUAACCUUUCAUUCUCUCCUUUCGAUUUACUGACUCACAUUCAUUCAUUCAGUCAUUCAUUCAGUCAUUCAGUCAUUCAGUCAGUCAUUCAUUCAUUCACUCACUCACUCAUUCAUUCUUUCAGUCGUUCAGUCCUUUUCAUAUUUUUAUUCUUACUCUGAAAUCCUCCUCUCUUUCUUUUCAAAAAUGACUUCGUCUUCAAGUCGACGCCACAGAAGCUCUUCUGUUACGAGCGAACGCUCUCGCAGAGGAAACAAGUAUUCCAAAAACACCUCCACUUCAACACCAUCAACUGCCUCUUCCUCUCGACUCCCAAUCCAUCGAGAGGGCACAUCCGCAAAGACAACACAUAUGCACGAUGACUCUGACGCCGGUCGUGUCAUUCCAACAGUUCAGCCUGCAUUCGCCAUUGAUUACCUUGGCAGUGGCUGGAACAAUGAAGAUGAUAUCGCUGCUUCUUGGAAGUUCAUGACUAAACAAAAAAACGAUCUUAUCAAUGGCCUGCGACUUGAAAACGCCUCCUGGCGUAACUGGGCUAAACAGCGUCAUAAUCUCAAAACUGUCAACCCGAGAACACUGAAUUGGCUCAAGGAUUGCGACACCACCUGGCUAUAUGGCCCACUCUAUAAAGCCAACAUUGAUGAAUUCGAUCUUGCUCGAUUUGGUGCUCAAACGAUACCAGGGGGAACAAAAAUACCAAAGUCAUCUUCUCCUACAAAAAAACUUGGUGGCCUCAAACCAGCACUCAAACACAAGACUGCUUCAGAACUCUUCAAAGCAGACACCUUAUUCCAUGUUCAGUCGGACCUCAAGUUGGAUCGCAAAAUUGAGCCCAAUUCAAAAGCCCAGGAAUCAUUGGUGAUCAAGCAACAUCGUCAACCAAAACUCCGUUUCAAUGACUCAGUAGAGCAAUGUGUAUCAGUCGAUACCGAAGCUUUGUCGGAUGAUGAGAUGGCAAAUGACACUAGUACUAAUGAUGAAGAAGAAGAUGAUACUGGCAUCCUCAUGAAGAUUUCAUCGAAACAUCCUCAAAGGAGUAUAUUAAGGAUCCAUCCAACCAGAUUGAAAGCCGAGAAUAUGCAUGGGAUGGAUAUCGAAAUCGAUCCCAUCCUUUUGAACCCACAGUCCAUCAGCAACAGUAACAGCAACAGUAACGCUUUCAAUGAUGCACAUUCAACUACUACAACAACAAGUCCAUCAACACCUUCACCUUCUUAUUCUCCCACUGCUGACUCAAGAUUGUGUGAUUCAGGCCCACCAGAAAUUGAUGGAAAUCAGGCCGGAAAAGGAGGUUUUGGACAGAAGGCUGUCGAUAUAGUGAACAAUGUCAGAGAUAUCGUUCAUUGGGCCUCAUCUUUGGUUUACAACAGCAGUGCAUUCUAAAAAGAAGAAAAAAAAAAAAAAGGUUUAAGCUUGCUCUUAUUUUUUUUUUUUUCUUUUU